AUGUUACCAUACAAAGACGGUUUAGCUUUAGCGAUGACUUCUCGUACCAUGAAAGAGCAAGUCUUGACUCGACUGUAUGUGAACGAUGCCAAAGAUCACGCUCAUGAGGGUGUCCCCUUUGCAUUGCAGUUCAGUUCUUGGUAUGGUAAAUAUAAGUCUUAUGCCAUGUCAAUCGCGGCGAUCAAAAAAAUAAAGCAAAGUCCUAGAGAUGUAAUUAAUCGAUUAUUUGACGUCUCCAAGCUUGACUUAUUUGGCACAUCAAGAGGCAUCGUCACCACGAAGGACUACGGCAUGAUCCCAGUCUAUCCAAUUCUCCAGACCGCGCUUUGCGCCCUGUUGCAUAUUUGUUCUCUGCGUGGCAGCACAGCCAUCGCUGAAGCCCUGAUUGCCGAAGGCGCUGACGUGGAGAGUACUGAUACAAAGGGAAAUACCCCUAUCUAUUACGCAACGAACGCAAGUGUUGCAUCGUUCCUACUUGAGCGCGGAGCACAAAUCAACGGCAAUCUUGAGAAGAACAAGCAGGGGCCCCUUGUCUCGCUCAUUCGCAUUCAUUAUCUUCAGCGCCACGGCUGGACAGCAACCCCAUCUAAAUGGUAUACUACAACCUACAGCGUAGGUACAGAUGGUGUUCUGAAGUUUGGCGACAUGACUCCGGACACGUUGUCUACAAUUCAUUAUCUCGUCGAGUCCGGAGUUGAGGUGUCCCCAAGACUAAGCGACCCACGCCGCUUGCCUCUAGCACAUGCAAUCCACUGUCGGCAGCCGGCUAUCGUUAAGGCACUUCUCGAUGCCGGCGCUGAUCCAAAUCCGAGUUACACUGUCAAUGGACUCACCGAAACAUAUCUAUUCCUUACUGAAGCGAUCUACUACAGUACACCUGAAAUAGCCCAGCUGCUCCUUGACGCAGGUGCAGCAGUUGACGAGACGCCUGGAAGCUCGCAAGAGGCCCCAAUCCUGGCUCUGAGCUGCCUUCCGACCCGUGAGAGAGAAUACCUGCGUCUGGCUGGUGAGGUUUGCGAGCGCAUGCAAGAUAUCAAUCGAUUAGUUAAGGGCCAAUCGGCCCUGUGGUGGGCUAUCAAAAACGGCAAAUUUUACAUAGCGAAACUUCUGAUUCAAAAAGGGGCCUACUGGGGGGCGAAAGGCAUUUUCCUGCGCGCUAAAAUUGUCGAAAACCUUUUGCAGGCACUAAUCUUGGGUGAUUCGUAG